CGCGUACAUUGAAUUCCCCACCGUACGAUUUCCUCCUCAAUCUUACGAACCGAAAGAGUCGCAAUUUCGUUCUUUUCUCCGGUCGACACGUUUACGUCUCUACUUGUACGAAUGUCAGGUACAGCUUGUUGGAUUGCCUAAGUUUUCAUUUACAGAAUCACGUCUCGUUGACUGCGAGUCGCUACCCGACAAAUUGCCCCUCACUAUGUUGAGCUGUUCACGAAAAGCCUUGCCUGCGGCUGCCAUCGCUGCGAGCCGCCAACAGACUCGUACCGCAACAAUCAUUACGGUCCACAACCUACUGUACAGAAACACUGCGCUACGACGACUCUGCGCGAACCCUCGCGCCUUUUCAACUCGGGCUCGGUCCCUCAGUUCAUCGUCCGCCGGUAGUUCGCUAGACAAGUCUCGAGAAGACCGUGUUUUGGUGGUUGGUUCGGGUGUGGCGGGAUCCGCCGCAGCCUUAAUCGCCGCCGAGUUGCACAAUCUCCCGGUAACGAUGCUCUUUGCUGGCGACGUCCCGACCGAUUGCAACUCCUACUGGGCACAAGGCGGCAUUAUCUACCGGAACUACGAUCCCCUGGCGGGAGAUUCCGCCGCCAGUCUCGCCGCCGACAUUCACCGUGCCGGGGCGGGACUUUGCGACGACGCGGCGGUUCAGAAAGUCGCCACGCAGGGUCCCUCGCGUGUCCGACAAUUGUUGCUCAACGAUCUCGAUAACAACCAACGCAACGCAACUUCGCGGUUCGCCAACGUGCCGUUCGAUCAAACCGCCGAAGGAACACUGAGUCUGUGUUUGGAAGCCUCGCACGCGGCACCUCGGAUUUUGCACAAGGCUGACCACACUGGAGCAAUAAUUUCCCAGCACUUGGCACAAGCUGUGGCGAAUCAUCCAAAUAUUACGCUGCAACCAAACACGAUUGUCACUGAUUUGGUGCGGGACCCACACGGAGAAAUGUGCGUCGGCGUGGAGACCUUACAGACCGUGGGCGCCAAUGCGAUAGCCCCAGUGGCUCGGACGGAAUUGGCCUACCGGGGGGUGGUAUUGGCGUCGGGAGGCCUCGCCGGUAUAUACCAGCACUCUACUAAUCCUCCCGGAUUCAACGCACUCGGCAGUAGUGUCGGUGUGGCGGCGCGUGCCAACGUACGCGUACAGGACUUGGAGUACGUACAGUUUCAUCCCACCGCCCUCUACUUGCCCGAUCAGGCGCGCUUUCUGUUGACGGAAGCACUCCGGGGAGAAGGCGCCGUCCUCCGCAACGCUGACGGUGAAGCCUUUGCCCGCCGGUAUCACGACGACGGCGAACUCGCCCCCCGCGAUAUCGUAGCCCGGGCCGUCUUUUCCGAAGCCCAAAACACCAACGACCUUGUCUACCUUGAUAUCACCCACCGUGAUGCUGAUUGGGUACGCGCCCGGUUUCCUACCAUCCAGGCUCAUUUGCAGAACAACACAUCCAACGGCUCUCGACCACUGGAUUUGGCCACGGACUGGCUGCCCAUUACGCCGGCGGCGCACUAUACCUGCGGUGGUGUGGCGACCGACCUACACGGCCGAACGUCACUGAGCAAUCUAUACGCGGCAGGGGAGGCCGCUCGAACCGGAUUGCACGGAGGCAACCGAUUGGCCUCGACGUCGCUCUUGGAAGGACUUGUCUUUGGAGCGUCGGUUGCCGAUUUUUGCGGCAGCGAUGAGGGACGCGAGCUCGCCUCGAAAGCGGCGCACCGCUGUGGUCCCAGUACCGAGAGUCUCGUACGCGUCUCGCAACCAAACAGUAAAAGCUCUCUUAGCGACGAGGCUCUUGCAGCGAGGACUCUAGAUUUGUUGGGUCAGGUGAAGCAGACCAUGUGGGAUCACGUAGGAGUUGUGCGCAAUCGUACCGGACUCAAGCAUGCUGUUGGUACUUUGGAAGCCAUUCGGGACGAAGUUUUGACCUUGCCGCUGACGCUCCGCGACACCGCCGCUCUUCGCGAUGCGGCCUUUGCGGGACAUGCAGUGGCCCAAUUCGCCUAUACCAACCCUGUAUCAGCGGGAGCGCACUGUGUCGUGGAAGCAGCGUCAGCAGUGGAUGAAACUGGAGCGACACUUGACGAUAGCGAUGAAGAGGACCAAACAGCUGAAGCGCGCUUUUAGAGUUUGAGCAUGAUUUGUUCUCCUUGUUUGCUGUUUUGUUGGUACGGAAGUCGAUUCCUAUUGACAGUGAGCCGCCGCAGUACUUGACCACCCAAUAAUGUUUUUAGGAAGUACUGUUAUUUUUGC